AUGGUUCAAGAAGUGAGUCUUGUUUCGGAUCCUAUCGUGUCUUAUAUUUGGUCGUGCCUGCACAAUUAUGCCUACAAUGAUGCACUGUUUGCAGCUGAAAGACUAUACGCCGAAACACACAAUAGCGAAAGUCUUUACAUAUUGGCAACUAGUUUGUAUCGAAUUGGCAGGCCGAGACAAGUUAAUAAAUUACUCAGCUCCUCCAGUUCGUUAUCUCCUAAGAGUCGAUAUCUGCUCGCUAUAUCAUAUUUCGAUACUGGAUCACUUACGGAAGCUGAAGAUACUAUACUACAUUAUUCUUCAUCACUAGAGGAAAUAACCAGGGAUAUUUGCAGACAUCAAGGAAGACUUAAUGACGCUACAAUUUACUACAAAAAAUGUCUCGAAGUGAAUCCGCUGAUGUGGUCUGCAUUUAAAAACCUCUGUAAUAUUGGCGAAUAUAUCGAACCCUCAUCUGUCUUCCAUAAUCUUAACGGGCUUAAACUUACAACACCUAUGUAUGCCGUUCUACUGGACGACCUGCUUAGUCGUUCAGAUGAAAGCGCCGCACGAGAAAAUGUCAACCCCCAGAACAACGUUCAUACUCCAGACAAAGUCAUUCAUUCUGCCCUGUCCCCGAAGGCUCCGAAACCUGUUAGCCGUGUUGCACGCAAAUUGGCACAAAAUUCAAAUUCUCAGUCCAUAAAGUCAAAUGUACCUCGUUUUGGUUUACUCUCUUGUGUUCCUGUGUUUUCAAGACCUUAUGGAAAUCGAAAUACAUCUUCAGAGUCAAUCAUCUCAAAGUCUGUUCAGCUGCCAUCAAGUCAGUGUUUACCAGAAUUACAGUUUACUCUUAACUCAUUGAAUAAUAGCCAAAAUGCUAUAACCUGUCUCCAAAUUCCUCGUCAGCGAAGUGAUAUUUCGUGCACUACCAAUACAACCAUGGGAGCCCAAAGGGAUUCCCCUAUUGAGGAACCAAACGCCAAUAGAAAUGCUGCGCACAUUAUCAAAAUUAAUACAUCUAUCACUUCUUCAGAGAAAUCCAGUGCUAUUUCCGAUACUCCAACAAGUGCUCUACGUGCUUCGCAACGUAAUUUGUAUCCUACACCCAGUACUCGCCACAACCGUGAUUCCCUCUCAUUAUUGAAAUCAAAUUUACAGUUUUUCGAUCCUGCUUCUCAGAGUCCUGGCAUGCUUACUUCUUCUUCUACGCCAAGACCACUUUCUAGUCAACAAACAACUACAGGGUGCCGAGCUGUUGAAAGCACCACCUCUUUAGAAAUUUCUACAGGUGGACCACGGACGAGAUCACAAGUGGCAGCAGCUGCAGCUGUAGCCAGAGCUUCUGGUAUUCAAAGAAAAUCGAAUAGAUUUUUGAGAAGUCGAGGUCAGAACCGCAAGUUUGAUUCUAAAUUACUGUUAUCAGACUCUACUGGAAACAGCGCAAACAUGCAAUCUAAAAUACUUAGUUCAAGUGCAUGUCCCGACUCUAGUCCUCUCAAAAGUGUACAUACUUCUGUAACUAAAGAUAAACCAGAUUUUGGAUGCAGCAAUCAUUGUACUGCACCUUUGUUUAUUGAUGCUCCACCUGUUGACGAUGAUCCGAGGAUACUGUCUUUACAACAGUACUUAAGUUUGUUAAGUCAACUUGGUAAAGCUUAUCAGAUGCUGGUGCGACAUCAGUGGCGUUCAGCUACCCGCCUACUUUUAAAGCUUCCAAGCUCUCAACUUCAUACUGGUCGUGUUUUGGCAUGGGCAGCUCGUGCUCAUAUGGAUAAUUCAGAUUAUCAAACAGCUCAUAAGUUGUUCAGUGAAGCUCGUCGUACGGAACCAUGGCAGCUAUCCGGAAUGGAUUUCUACUCUACUGUAUUAUGGCAAGUCCAAGCUGACCAAGAAUUAUCACAGUUAGCCCAUGAUUUAUUAGAACUUGAUCGUAAUGCUCCUGAACCUUGGUGUGUAGCAGGAAAUUGUUUCUCUUUGCAAGGUGAACAUGAAGCGGCUAUCAAAUUCUUUCGUCGUGCGCUACAGGUUUCUCCUACAAGUGCAUAUGCAUGGACACUUUUGGGUCAUGAACAGUCAACUCUGGAAGAGUUUGACCGGGCACUAGCAGCUUUUCAGUUCGCCUUAAGAAUUGAUCCAAGGCAUUAUAAUGCUUUGUUCGGUAUUAGUAAUGUUUAUUACAAACAAGAGAAGUUUGAUCUUGCUGAAAAUUACUUAGUUCGCGCGGUUGCACUUUUUCCUCAGUCACAUUUACUUCUGACUCAUCUUGCAGCUUUACGCAGUCGACUAGGUAGGCUUGAUGAUGGGUAUGGAAGCGCGAUGGAUUUGAUAAAUCGUGCUUGCAAAAUCCAACCAAACAACCCACUGGCUCGGUACCACAAAGCAUCUAUUUUAUACCAUCUUGGACGUUAUUCUGAAGUAUUAUCGGAGCUUCAAAAACUUUUGGUUUUAACUCCACGUGAGGCCAUGGUCUACCUAAUGAUUGGACACACCUAUAAAAAACUGGGAAAUACACCGCAAGCAAUGAUUCAUUACUCAUGGGCAAUGGAGCUUGAUCCUAAAGGUGCUAAUAUUCAUCUAAGGGAUAUAAUGACCAACCCGCCCAUUCCAAGUUGUGGCUUAAAUCGACAAGAAACUUCUGAGCCAGGGGCUUGUGUAGGCGGCCAAAACACGGUCAACUCAUCCAGACCACAUUUCAGCUCAUUCCAAAUUGGUCCUUGGGCUAAUUUCGAAGACGAAGAUGGCAAUGAGAUCAUUGACCGGGUUUCAAGCGCAGAUGAGGAAAUGGUUAACAGUUUACUUCAUCCGCCACAAAGUGUGACUCGUUCUAACUUAGUUCACCGACUGACUGACUUUUCAUUACUUUAUGAAAUGGAAGGAUAUGAACAAGAUCCUGUUAUAUCAGAUGCAGACGAAGAGCACUACGAUACGAUGGAUUUGAGUGCUGGAGUUGAUGGCAGAACCGAGCGUAGCGUACCGGACGAUUGA